AUGGCCCCGCACGGUUGCGCUUUCCCUUCCUCUGAGAAGCCCCGAGUCGGCUGGUCUUCGUCCGCUUCCGGCUUCCAGACGCCCAGGGGGCGGGCCACCAAGGGGCCGGCCUCCGGCCCGACCCGCGCUCCGCUGGGCCCGCCCCCGGCCGUGCGUCCAGGUGCGCGCUCCUCCCCGCGCUCCCGGGCGGAGGCUCGGCUCCGGGGCGCCGGCUUCCCGCUCCCCCGCCGCCCGCCCGCCUCUCCGAGCUGGCGCUCCAGCCCGCCGGCAAACUUCAUCUGCGCUUACCCGCCCGCCGAGGUGCCCGGCUUUAGUUCUUUCCCGCGUUGCCCGCGACCCUGGUCAGCCUUCUCUUCGUUUUCCUCUCGGUCCCUGGACGUCAGGCUCCAGCUCGAGACUCCAAGGAAGUCCGAUUUCUUAGUCCUUGUCCCUCUGUUCCCACCCCUGGCCGCUCCACUAUCUGGCUCCGCUCUGACUUUCCUUUCUGUUUCUCAGGCAGGGGUAGCUGCCGGCUCCCUCGCAUUUCUCAUUUGGAUCCCGAGGGAGGAGGUAGGAGUAGUCAUUUCCCACACAGUUGGCGCCGACGCUGGGAAACUGAAUUCUUGGAGGGGCAGGCACGCGGUUUUGGAGCAUUCUGCGUGCUUACAGACGUACUCCACGUCCGCCGGAGGACGGACGUCGCAGUCCCAGCGCCUUAGUCUCCUUCCUGACUAGCCAUCCUCUGGAGAAGCGCUGACUGCACGCUUUCCGGGCCGGACUCCCCAGACUGUCCCAAGUCGGGCCGCAUCUCCCCGCUCCUGGCUCCUGCCGGUGCCUGGCCCGGCUCGCGGCUUCCAGCCUUUACCUCCCGGGUUUCACCCUAACGGCUCCCGGCACAUCUGCCUUUCACAGACUGCAUUUCGUAAUCCCUUCCUGCAUUUCCCCCACACCCACCGUCCCCCGCAUUUCUCUCCUGGUCAAGUCUAAACGCCUGGCCUGGCCUUUGAAGCCCACGGAAUCUAGGGGCGCCUGGGUGGCUCAGUUUGGUUAAGCGUCUGACUUUGGCUCAGGUCAGCUUUCACGGUUCGU